AUGCUCAUUGCAUCAGAAAUCCCCGUAAUCACUGGUGAAUCACCUCCUUCAGACUACUUUCAUUCUGGUGCAAAACGGAUGUUUGCCAACCAUCAUACAGAUUAUAACGGGCCUUCUCGGAUGAAGAUCAGCGCUGCAACCACCAAAGUCAAGAAGACCGAAGACACCCGCAAAAUGCCCUCGACUUCUCAGCAACAGGAAUUGCAGGCUGAUACAACUGAACGUCUACCAUUGAAACCUCUUCCUGCACGCCCAUUUGUAGUGGUUCCUCGGCCUUUGCCAGCUGCCGCAAUUGAAUUUCUGACCUCCAAGUCCAACACUGAGCCUCGCAAGAUAAUCCCUGAAAUGGAAUUUGAAGACACAGCUCAUGGGAAAAAGAGGAAGGUGGUAGCUAGUAGGCUACCUCAAGAGUCAAAGAGGCGAGCACCAUCUGUAGAGGAUGAAGUGGAGCUCAAUGUGGGGAAGAAAUGUGUGAAGGCGAAGGGCAAGGAGAAGGUGAAGGUCCAAGCAAUUGCGCCAUUGGCUGCUCCCGAGUUAUCUCCCACAAAGGGUGGUCCCUUGUCACCACUGACUGUAUCAUCUUCAAGUGACGAGCCACUUGCUCGUGCAGGAACAGUUCAACGUGCCAAGAGACUUCGAGAUGGUCCUGUCAAACCAUGCCCUGUCAAACCACGCCCUGUCAAACGAGGAUCUCAGCAGACUCAGAGCCGCGCACAUCGCAUGAUGUACAGUGAGGAGUCGGAAGAGGGCGACAACAACGUCAAUGAGGAGCCCACCGAUAAGGCCACAGAUGGUCCUCAUGAUCAUGAGGACACAUCACAAGAUAACAUGAUGGAUCACCAGGACUCAGAUGGUGCUGCCAGUCAUCAUGCUCCAGUGCAGCCACAAAUCCCUCAGCCUGGACCAUCAUCUGAAGUUUCACAUGAAGCUCCCCAUCAGCCUUGUCUCGCUGAUUCACAUAGCCGUGACCCUCAUGACCCUCCCCAGAGCCUCUCUAAAGAGAGCAUUCAGAACCCUCCUGAGCCUGUCCAGUGUACACCUCGUGUACCUCUCUCACACAAUCUCCCAGAGCAACUACACCUUGAGUCCCGUGAGCUGUCCCACGAGCCUAUCAUUCGCACAGGAGGCCGGCAUGAGCCUACUGAACAUGGGUAUGACCCUCACGAUAUUCGUGACCCUUUGGACACACGCAACUUUCACUGUCCUCAUGACCCUAUUCAGACUGUGAUGCAGUCCAUGCAUGCGACACCUUCUAUUGCCGAGGUGGUCAUCUUCAAGACAACUUCCAUCCUGCAAACUUCCAUGAUUCACGCAUCGGAGAGCGUGAUGAUACUCCUCCAGUAUAUCCCAGUUGCUAUAGCCCCAUUCCCAAUCACAUGUAUGCCCAUGAAGUUGAAGAACGUCAGCGGCUCCCUCACUACCAUGACAAUGUGGGAAGGGCAAGGGGGUAUCCGGAUAGGCAAGGACCAUGGAGGAGAUACCAAGACCCAUGCGACAACCGCCUGA